AUGAAGAACGCUUACUGCGAGGACGGAGGAGUACAACUUGAAGGUUCCCAAACCGUGGAAACUUCGUCAUACGUAUACCUCGGACGUUCUAUGAACAUAGAAAACGACUUGAAGGAAGAACUGAAUAGAAGAAUGAGAGCAGCAUGGUCACCAUUCGCAGCCGUCGGGGAAGCUACGGACCAACUGACGGACCAAGAUCUUCGUGCCCAUCUGUUCGACUCGACAGUCCUUCCAGCGCUCUGUUACGCAGCGGAGACGUGGGCAGACACCGCGGCCACGUCUAGGAAGCAACUCACUAUCCACAGAGCCCUUGAGAGAUGUCUCCUGAAGUUUAGCCGGCGCACACAACACCUUGCCGGUCUUCGUAGCUCCGACUUAAGAGGAAUGCCCCGUCUUCGCGACCCAGCGAAAUAUGUAUCGAAAGCAGAACACAGAUGGGCCGGUCACAUCAUGAGAAGAAUCGACGAUAGAUGGACUAAAAGAACGCUAGAGUGGAUCCCAAGGGACGCUAUACGCCCCCGAGAUGUUCGCUGCACGGAAGGACCAGCUGAGAGCUCAGUUGGAUACGGCUCAAGGACCUCGUCAACGUCACUCACGAAGCUUGAGAACAUUUUGGAUGACAAUGGCGAGGGAACGAAACGAGUGGAAGAGAUGCUGGGAAGACGGGCCAUCUAA